CUUCUUUCCGGUUAACUUCACGGCAUUGAACCAUCAUCGGUGAGUGAAGAGAAUGUUAAUCGCGUAGCAUCAGACUGAAAUAAUGGAAUAUUGAUUAUUAUUUCAUGUGAACGCGAAAUCGUAGAAUCGUUAUUAACAUAUUUUUCGUAUAUAUCAAAAAUUACAAAGGAUCUACGAGAAUGAAAUACAAUCGAUUAGUGUCUUCCUCGCGCAGGAAGAAUAGAAAGAGGCAUUUCACUGCGCCUUCUCACAUCAGACGACGACUUAUGUCUGCUCCGUUGUCCAAGGAAUUACGACAAAAGUAUAAUGUGCGCUCAAUGCCGAUUCGGAAGGAUGACGAAGUGCAGGUCGUACGUGGCCACUACAAGGGUCAGCAAGUAGGAAAAGUUGUCCAAGUUUACAGAAAAAAAUUUGUCAUAUACAUUGAGCGAAUUCAGCGCGAAAAGGCAAACAGUGCAAAUGUAUAUGUCGGCAUUGAUCCUUCCAAAACAGUUAUUGUAAAAUUAAAAAUGGAUAAAGACCGUAAGAAGAUUAUCGAUAGGCGAAGUAAGGGUAGACUGGCUGCAUUGGGCAAGGAUAAAGGCAAAUAUACAGAAGAAACAGCAGCAAUGGAAACGUCAUAAAUUUUGAUUUAUUCUCCUAUGUACAACAAUAAAAUGUCAAAAAACAAAA